UAUUGGACAUGCUCUCUUGGGUUAAAUCUGCUGCUCAGAGCACGUAUGUUUCCUCCCUUACUUUUCGGAUUCGAUGCGAAGAAAGAUUCGUAGCUUAUUGUCCAGUUUGGCUACCGUCGCCGGUACCGCCGAGCCGAUAUACGGCCCCGAGGCUUUCCAUACCGUAGCGAAGCAAGAGAGCUUGAAUCCCUCCAAUGAAAUCACCAAAGAGGAUAUGGGGUGGAAUGUCCUGGAGACAACCUCAGUCGAGACGCAGACUUUCUAUCUCAAUGCGGACUCGGGCCAUCAUGGACUUGUACAGGUCAUCUACUCGAAUGUUGCGUAAGCUGCCAGAAUCCCAUCUCCCCUGCGUCCUCGCAGGCCACCAUCGCCUGACUAUUCGCUCCUGUAAAAUAGAAACCUCCAUUUCACUGUGCAGCUGAGCACUAAGAUUUUCCACCCCGAUGGUAAAAUUGUCUGGUCUUCGAGGCCUGUUACGAACUACGGCUUUGACGUGGGAAACUACUCUUUCUACGCUGACAACAUGGCGAUAACCAUGUCUGAGGAUGGGAAUUCAUAUUCUAUCAAGUCUAUGGUCGAUCCGGAACUCAGCAUCGACCUUACUUGCACACGCUUGGGCCCCGGCUUCAAGAUCGGUAGGGAUGGAAAGUCCCUGUAUGGCACCGACCCUGCGGACCCUUGGGGAGCUAUUAGGCAUAUUUUUUGGCCUAGGAAUAAGUUGACGGGAUGCAUGGUUGUUGCGGAGGACGGGGAUCCGGUGAAGAUCGAUUUCUCGGGAAGCGCCAUGUUGGUGAUGGCCUUGCAGGCUAUGAAACCCCACCAUGCUGGUGCGCGUUCGUUGGUGAUAUCUGGUGGCGUUAUAUGGAACUGAUUCUGGGUGAUGUCUUUUUAGCUGCCAAGUGGAAUUUUGCCAAUUUCCAGGGGCCGACUAUGUGCGCCGUCAUGAUGGAGUUCACUACCCCACCUUCGUAUGGAAGUUCGAAAGUGAAUGUUUCUGGCAUCGUGACUGAUGGAGAGAUUAUCGGUGCUAGUGCCUGCGGCACCGUUGAGCAUCUGAAAACCAAGCUAGAUGAGGAGGCCGGGUGGCCGGAGCCAACCGAGGCGAAGUUUGUCUGGAAAUCGAACAGGGAUGGGAAGGACGUGGAGGCUGUCAUCGAGGGUUCUCUUGGCGACAGGAUCGACCGCGUGGAUGUCAUGGCAGAGGUUCCGGCAUUCAUCAAGAAGAUUGCUUCCAGUGCUGCCGGAACGAAACCCUACAUCUACCAGGUUAGUCUCAAGCCCCCAACCAUACAAAUGCCCCCGUUCGUGUACAAGGCUGACGAUUAUAAACAGUACUCCAAGCAAAUGACCCUGAAAGUCAAGAUCGGCGAUCAGGUCAUUGAGGAGGAGGGAAAGUUCUUCGGUGAAGCAACCUAUAUUUGCGAAUAA